AUGCACUCUAACGUGGAGAUGGAUUCGUCUCGUGGGGUCCCCUGGGCGCGGGCGAGGCUCAGGCGGGACGCGGCGGAGAUCGAGCUCGUCCCUGUGUGGACCCGGGCAACUGCCGGCGGGCGAGGCCUGGAUGGUGGCCAGGCCGCAGCCGCCCGGACGUUUGCGAGCGCCGAAGGUGGGUCUGGAGGCGGGGACCUGGCCCUGCGGUGCCGGUGCCUGCGGGGCGGGGCUGAGCCGCCGGCUCGACGGGGGGCGCUCUCCUACUGCAUCCGCCCGGUCACCGCGGGAUCCCGCUGCUCCAGCCCGCCGGUGCCGCCGUCCCACCUCCUCCCUCAGCCCAGGUCUGCCUUCGCCUUCGCUCGCCGACCCCUCCCUCCUCCUGCCUCUGAGUCCCGCAGGGAAGCUGGGCUGGGCGAGAGGGUGUCUCCUGGGUCCACCGUGGAAGCCCGAGGCGGGGGUGCUGAGUCAGCCCAGGGCUGCCGGCGUGAGCUGCAGGGCUCGCCUGGGGCUCAUCCUCUGCCCGGGGCGCGGGGAAGGCGAGGGUCGCUGUGCUGGGUCUGUGUGCUCAGUGGCCACGCGUCGGCCUCAGGACUGGGAACCAGGCGAGAGACACAGAUGUGCAGGAUCUGCGCUUGCAGCCACCUUACUUCGUGGGCUGUACCUGAGGUGACAGGCAGGGUCUUCUCCGAUGAAGUUACCCACACGAGUCACCAUGGGAUGACGAAUGCUCUCCCCGUCACCCGACAAUUCCUCAGGUCGAGACUACCUUUUCAGACCUCAGGCCACUGUGACACCAGACAGCGGCACAAACUCAUGCUUCCCUCAGUUUCCACAGAAAACCGUGGAAUCAAGGAAAGACAAACAUGGGCAAUGGCACAGAAGGGUGAAGCAAAAGACAACCACACCCCGAUCUCCAGGAAAACUUUCACUGAUGUCAAGGUCUUCAAGUCUUUAACUGAGCCUUGCGUCUACUGGCCCUGCUCUCCUGCAAACUAUUUGACCCUAGGAUUUCCCUUCACCGCAACAUGUCUCAGAGCCCAGGUCCAGGCUCUUUGACUGCAGGAGUGGGAGCUGGGGUCGAGGAGACAGACUGUACUGUAUGCUGACCUCCACAUUGUGAGGCCUGCUCCACUGGAAAUCGUCUGGAGGGAGCUGUCGUCACAGCUCUCAGAUGGCCAGGCAUGCCUCCUGCCUUUGCCAUCUGCACAGUCCUCUCUCAGAGGAAUGUGGAGAGAUCGCUUUGCCGGAGCCUCCUCACUUAACCUGAAACUCGGGUCAUGGUCUGAAGGAGGCAGUUCUGCAUCACUCUUAAUGAUGAAACCAGAGGAAAGAGGCUCUUACUGCUCUAGUUUUCUAAAUUUCAAAGAUGCAAAGUCUCAGCAAACUCAAAAUAUAAUUGACCUUCCCCAGGAAAAAAUCUGCAUAGUUCUGGUUCUCUGGCUCUUCUUGAUCUUUCUACCCAAGGAGGUCCUAUUCACAGAACCAUAUAUAUCUCUUGCUAAUCUCUCAAGUUAAAUGGUAAAUAUUAUUUAAUUACAAACCAUUGUGCUAGCUGCCCAGGGUAAAGAGUUUGUUGUCUGCAGAAGCUCAUGACCUAGAGAGAGACAGUCUCAUGAGUGAAUAUAAGGGCAGGAGCUACCACAGAUACACUAGCAGAAUUCAGCAGGUGUGUGGCUAGUUUGGUUGGGAGGAGGAGGAUGCUUGGGUCUAUGGAAGCUUUAUAGAGAAGGACCGGGUUGUGAGCCAAGUCUUAUGGGAUGGAUGGCAAUAAAGACAUCCCAGCCAGCAGAAACAUCUUCUGGAAAUAGUGACCCAAGCAGAUAUUGGGAUAUGAGGUGCAUGAAGGGUGAUGUUGGUGGUGGAUGUCAUCACACAAAACUAGAAAUCAGACGGGGCUUCGAACGCCACAGUGUAUGCAAAGGAUAAUUCUGUAUAAUUUCAGAAAACAAAAGUGACAUGUAGGCAUCUGCGUGUCAGAUGAAAGAGGAAAAUGCAAAGACCAUUUAGGAAUGGUGCUGGCGAGUGUAAAGGAGACCACAAAGGAGGACGUGCAGAAGACCUUCCGCACUCGGCCGGCGGGUGCAGCGAUGGUGAUGGUGUGGACCAGCUGAGAACCUGCCCUGCUGUGCCAAGCCCACUCCACUAAAAAGGGCAGCCAGCAUUUUCCUCCCACACUCUUUGAUUGCUUUUGAUAUAAUGACAAUUCGUAAUAUUUUUAUAGAGUAGAAAUAUUCAGUCCUUUCUUUACUAAGGUUGACCAAAAUUUUGUUUCUUUUUGUUUCUUUGUUUGUUUGUUUUGAGAUGGAGUCUCGCUCUGUCACCCAUGCUGGAGUGCAGUGGCGCAAUCUCGGCUCACUGCAACCUCCGCCUCCCGGGUUCAAGUGAUUCUCUUGCCUCAGCCUCCUGAGUAGCUGGGACUACAGGCGCCCGCCACUAGGCCCGGAUAAUUUUUGUAUUUUUAGUAGAGAUGGGAUUUCACUUUGUUGGCCAGGCUGGUCUCGAACUCCUGACCUCGUGAUCCACCCGCCUUGGCCUCCUAAAGUGCUGGGAUUACAGGCACGAGCCACCGUGCCCAGCCCAAAAUUUUAUUUCUUAUUGAUAGUGUAGAAAAGGAAUGGUUUUAUUUGCAAAUUUUACAAAAAUAUUCAUCAUGUGAAUUUAAGGCCAAGGGCUUGGAAGCCACCCAUGCCAGUGAGGGCCUUGAGACCUCUGCUGUCACUCCUCUGUAUCUUUCUUGAAAACUACUGCAAGGCUGUAAUCUGGCAAAAACAAAUAGUGAAUUUUAAAAAGCUGUGCGAUCCAGGAAAUAGUGGAUCCAAACCAAGAGAGCUCUGAAGAGAAGUUCCUGGAAGACAGUAAUGCACCAGUCCUAGGAAGCAGUGAGUUUUCCUCAAUGUGGGAAAAGCAGAGCUCUUUCCCCAGACACACAACACAGAUAUUUGAAGAUACCAGAAGACUCCCAUACAGAAGCUCAACUACAAAUGGCCAGUCUAUACUUAGGACUCAUAAAAAGGUCACACCAUGAAAAGAAACUACAUUUUUCAGCACAGAACUGCUAAGAUGGAGAGGAAACCUGACCCCAGCUGGCUGCCUGCUAUCUCUGACAGCUAAGAAUCCUAAAUUAUGAAUCAGAGCAGAAAAGGGAUUAGUGCAGUGAUCUGGUAAAUAUUUUAUUUCCCAUUUUGACUUUGAUUAAUAAAUAAACAUCAGUGAUUAUAUUUUAUAAAGAAAUAAAUUCGAUUUUGGAAAACUUA